AGUUUAUGACUUUUGAUAAAACAUUAAGUGCUAUUUUUGUGACUUUUGACCUUGAAUGCUAGUUUGAGAACAAAAACUUGAUUUAAUGCUAUUUUUGUCUUUUUCUCUAAAAAAAAUUCCCUCAAUUAAUUCAUUUGGGAAAUUUUUUUAUACAUGCGCAAAAUAAUCUAUUACUUGGAAAAAAAACUGAAAGAAAUUAUAAUUCCAAAACGACGUUCUCGAUAGGGGGAGAACAGCUUUUUGGACCUGUUUGGGAUAAGCUGGUUAUGUACAACGUUGCUGACCGUCUUGUCUGGCUUGGCCUAGCUCUCUCACUCUCUCUCGUUUAUCUUUGACAUGUAGAAACGGUGAGAUCUCAAUGUUACUUUGUGUAUUCCUUUCUUAUGCGAGCAUUACUUCUUGUUUAAUGAAAAUUGAUGAGAUUGUGAAUAUGAGCUGGAUAUUCAAUAUUAAGCAAAUACUAGUUCUCAAGAGAUGUUUCAUAUAUUUCUUGAUUAAUCGAAUUUACUUCACUAUUAAUCAUCAGUAAUUAGCAUUAAAGUACUAAAUAUAGCAAGCCAAGUUAAAAAAAAAAAAAAACUAGUUGUUAACCAAUAAUAAAACAGUUAUACUAUUUUCUUUUUACUUUUAGAAGGUUGCUUCAAGUUGUUACAACUUACAACUCCUCUACUUCUUCAUGAACUCACACUAAAUAGAAAUAAGAAACUAACCUUUUCUUUUGGUUAACAAAGAAACAAACUCGAUCCCUCAUAUAUAUACACUCCGUGUGUAGACCUCAUUCUUCAAAAACAACAUAGCUUGUACUCACAAAUCUCAACCUUCCUCUCCGAUCUUUAUUCACAUAUCAAAUCAAGAGCCAUGGUUAGAUUCUUGACCAUCGCGCUGAUUCCAAUCUUGAUUAUUUUGUUUGUGGCAAAUGUCUUGGCAGCCACGGAACUGAAUGUAAUGGACAAAUGUUGGAGACCAAACCCGCAUUGGCGUAAAGUCCGUAAUCAGCUGGCACGGUGUUCUGUCGGAUUCGCCGGUAAAAUGACUGGAAACAUCGGUAAAGGAGUAACACAGUACAAAGUCACCGACCCUUCUGAUGAUCCUCUAAACCCCAAACCAGGAACCCUAAGAUAUGCAGCAACUCUCAUCAAAGGCAAAAAAUGGAUCACGUUCAAAAGAAACAUGAAGAUCAACCUCCACAAACCGCUACUAAUCAGCAGCUUCACCACACUCGACGGUCGUGGUGUCAGCGUUCACAUCUCCGGCCCCGCAUGUCUCAUAGUCUACAAAGCCACCGAUGUGAUCAUUCAUGGACUCAAAAUCCAUGACUGCAAAGCUCACCCACCGAGCUCGGUGAUGGGACCAGACUCAAAGAUCAUGGAACUUGGACAAGUGGACGGGGAUGCGAUUAGGCUAGUCACGGCUAAGAAAGUGUGGAUCGACCACAACACGUUAUAUGACUGCGAGGACGGGCUAUUAGACGUCACGAGAGGGAGUACUGACGUCACUGUGUCGAACAAUUGGUUUAGGAACCAGGACAAGGUCAUGCUUCUUGGACAUGAUGAUGGCUAUGUGAGAGACAAAGAUAUGAGAGUCACUGUUGUGUUUAACCACUUUGGUCCUAACUGCAACCAGAGAAUGCCACGAGUGAGACAUGGAUACGCUCACGUGGCGAAUAACUAUUACCAAGGAUGGACUCAAUACGCGAUUGGAGGAAGCAUGAGCCCUCGCGUGAAGAGCGAAUCUAACUACUUCGUCGCACCAGAAUCCGGACGCAAAGAGAUAACUUGGAAGAAACAUAGCCAAGGUGAUAAAAUGCAAUGGAAAUUCUACUCGGUGAAUGAUUAUAUGGAGAACGGAGCUUGUUUCGGCCUACAGAAAGGUAUUGGAAAAGCCCGGCCCAAUUACGGCCCAUCUCAAAGGUUCACAGUAGCGGACGCUAAGACCGUUAAAGAACUCACUUCUUCAGCUGGAGCGUUACACUGCACCAGAAACUCUGUCUGUUAGAACAACAAGCGUUGUCUUGUCUUUACAUCCAUACACAUGAAUAUGUAUAACUGUCUAAGAACGAUAUAUACCAAUAAAUAAAUAAAAGUUUAAAGAAAGCAGAGUGAAAACCUUAUGAAUAUAGAAUUGGUUGUACUUGAAUUUGAGUUUUCAUAAUAAGCCUGCCUAUGCGGGUAAAUAACAAAAGCAUUGUAACAAAACAGAUCACGUCAUACGUCUUAACAG